AUGGCUACAUCAGUGCGAAAAACCAGAAAAGAUGCAAUUAGCAAAACUCCAACAAGGAAGACAACUAAGACACCAACCAGGACACCGACCAGGACUCCGACCAAGACACCAACUAAGACACCAUCUAAAACACCGACUCGACAAACAAAACUGUCAGAAAGUAAAAGUGCCAGAAAAACAAGGACACCGAAGUCAUCUCUAGCAUUGAAGAAAAAAAGUGAAGAGGAUAUAAUUUCCAAGUGCAGAACGAUAGAUAGUUAUUUCCAAAAGAAACUCAAAAAUCCUACGCGAAUAGAGCCCAAAAAACUGACCAAAAUCUUUGACGAUGUGGCCCGAAUUGAAGAAGGACCAUUGAAAGGAUUACCAUCAAGCUUGCUGGAAAAAAUUAAAAUCAAAAAGCCUGAUGACGAGUUAACAGAAAGGAAAAAAUUACUACAGAAGCUACCAGAAAUGUUGAAAAUUGUUCAUCUUUAUUUUUUGACUAGUCCAAAGCCCAUUAAGUUGGAAACUCUAAGUGACAAAGUGCUCGAUUCAUACUAUACUUAUAUUUCAACCGCAGAUAUCGAAAAGCAAAUCAAAACGAUUUGUGAGGUGCUUCCUGAGUGGGUAACAAUGGUGAAUUUGCGAGGAGUUAAUUAUAUAAAGCCUAUUGAUAAAACUUUGACUCUCAACCAUUUAACUGAGAAAAUCGCGAAACUAAUCAAUUCUUAA